AUGACGAAGGUGAAGCCCCCAGAAAACCAAAAGAAGUCCCCCAGCAAUGUUCUGGAAGCUAUAAAGAUCCAGGCCUGGUGGCGUGGGACACUGGUGCGCCGAACGCUGCUGCAUGCAGCCCUCAGGGCCUGGGUCAUUCAGUGCUGGUGGCGGCUGAUGCUGGCAAGGCUUCUGGAGAAGAGGCGGCAGGCUGCGCUGGAGAGCUUUACACGGAAGGAGUGGGCGGCAGUCAGGCUGCAGUCCUGGGUCCGCAUGUGGCGCAUCCGCAGGCGCUACUGUCAUGUGCUCAAAGCUGCCCGCAUCAUCCAGGCCUACUGGCGGUGUUACUCCUGUGCUUCCCGGGGUUCCAUCAAGGGCCACUACAGAGUCAUAGCCAACCAAGUGCAUCUCAAACUGGAGUUCUUUCUGGGCUCAGGGCCUUGCAUUAUGACAGAGCGUCUUCUCCUCCCAAUAAAGGAGUGA